AUGGGAAGCUCCGACAUGGGACUAUCACUGCUGCCAUGGCGAAGUGGGGGUGUUGUCGGAGCUCCGUCGCGCGUUUAUGGCAGGCUGCAAAAAAGGAGCAAGCACAAGAUUGUGUAUGAUAGGAUAUGCAAUGUCCUAAAGUUCAAGAAUAUGCACAAUGUAGUGCAUAUUGAUGAGAAGUGGUUCUACAUCACCAAAGCAAACCACAAAUUUUACUUAACUCCAGAGGAAACUGAUCCACAUCGCGCAUGCAAGAGUAAGAAGUUUAUCAAAAAAGUUAUGUUCAGUUGUGCAGUGGUUAUGCCUCUAUUCAAUGAAGAUGGGAGUGUGUUAUUUGAUGGCAAGAUAGGGAUUUUCCCUUUCACUGAGAUGGUACCAGCCAAAAGAACAAGCAAGAACAGGCUGGCUGGAACAAUGGAGGAGAAGCCAAUCCAGUCCAUCACUAAAGGAGUGAUGAAGGACUGCUAUAUCUCCAAGUUAAUUCCAGCAAUUAUGGCCAAAUGGCCCCAAUUUGCAAGCAAAACUAUAUAUAUACAGCAAGAUAAUGCAAUGCCACAUAUUAAGGACAAUGAUCCAGAUUGGAGAGCUGCAACAACAACCAAUGGCUUUGAUAUCCAUAUUGUACAGCAACCUCCAAAUAGCCCAGACACCAACAUCAAUGACUUGGGUUGGUUUAGGGCUAUUCAAAGCUUGCAAGUACAGUCAGUUGCCACAAAUGAGCAUGAGCUAGUAAAAGCAGUUGAAAAUUCAUUUGAGGAGCUAAGUCCUCAUACUUUAAACUAUGUUUUCUUGAGCUUACAGGGAUGUUUAACUGAAAUCAUGAAAAUAAGAGGGCAGAAUUGUUACAAGCUUCCACACAUGAAGAAGGGAGUGCUUGCAAGACAAGGUGCACUUCCAAUGGCCUUAGAAGUGCCAAAAGAGCUUGUGGAAGAGUGCAUUGGCUAUUUAUUUGAAAAAGGAGUGGUGGAAGGCAUGGAGCAGUUGAAAAUGCAGUUGGGAUUAGACCCUUCUCCAUUUGAAGCAAUGGAGGCAGCCUUCAAUCAUUUGAAUAUGAUUGAGGAUGCCUCCAUUUAG